AAGUUUUUCUGCUGGAGAAGAGCGCACGUUGAGCCGGCUUUGCCGCUGCUUUGACCACACUGCAGUCUGAUCAUGUCUUCCAAGAAGAGUAGAAAGCGGCUGAACCAAAGCGCGGAAAGUGGUUCGCCCUCGCCAGCUGCCGUUCUCUCUCCUGCCGGGACCCCGGCUUCUUCUACUGGGCCAGGCUUCGUGGCGGCGGCCACGACUUUGGUGGUGACCAACUUCAUAGAAAAAGUGGAUGACAAAGUUCCUAAAACAUUCCAGAAUUCCCUUGUUCAACUCGGACUCAACACUAUGAAGUCUGCUAAUAUAUGUAUAGGUCGACCAGUGUUGCUUACCAGUUUGGAUGGAAAACAAGAGGUCUAUACAGCCUGGCCUGUGGCAGGAUUUCCUGGAGGCAAGGUUGGCCUGAGUGAAAUGGCACAGAAGAAUGUGGGUGUGAAGUCUGGUGAUGCUGUCCAGGUUCAGCCUCUUACUGGUGCUGUGCUACAGGCUGAGGAAAUAGAUGUGACACUCAGUGACAAAGAUACGGAGAUUAAUGAAGAAGAACUGACUGGUUGUCUUCUCAGAAAACUAGAUGGCAAGAUUGUUUUACCAGGCAACUUUCUGUACUGCACAUUCUAUGGACGACCAUGCAAGUUGCAAGUGUUGCAAGUAAAAGGGGCAGAUGGCCUGUUAUUGGGAAGGCCUCAGAGUGACUCUGACACUGAUGUCCAGGGAAUGGCCUCUGAACAAUCUAGCAUGGAAACUAGUAGCCUGGAUAUAUCCUUACAGCUAAGCCAGUUGGACCUACAAGAGCCCCGAGACCCAGCAACAAACAGUACUCCUUGCAAACCAGUAGAUGACAGAAGUGUAAAUAAAGCUGUUGACAUUUUGUUGGAUGUUACACCGAGUCCUGGGGAAGGCAGUAGACUUGGACUAGAGGAAGUCAUGGGUUUUAAAUGUAGUUUUGAGCCUGCCAGAGAAGGAAAUGAACGAAUUAUCAAUGAAGAGAAAUUGCUAAAAUCAUUCAGCAUGGGAGCAAAGUGCAACACUGAUACUUUUUAUUUUAUUUCUUCAACAACUAGAGUCAAUUUUACAAAGAUUCAUACAAACUCAAAAGAACAAGACAACCAAUUCAAAGUAACGUAUGACAUGAUAGGAGGCUUAAAUAGUCAGCUGAAAGCAAUUAGAGAAAUAAUUGAAUUGCCUCUCAAACAGCCUGAACUUUUCAAGAGUUAUGGAGUUCCUCCCCCCAGAGGGGUGUUACUCUAUGGCCCUCCAGGUACCGGAAAGACAAUGAUUGCCAGGGCUGUUGCCAAUGAAGUUGGAGCCUAUGUUUCUAUAAUUAAUGGUCCUGAAAUUAUAAGCAAAUUUUAUGGCGAGACUGAAGCAAGGUUACGUCAGAUAUUUGCCGAAGCUACCCUGCGACACCCCUCAAUUAUUUUUAUUGAUGAGCUGGAUGCACUUUGCCCUAAAAGAGAAGGGGCUCAGAAUGAAGUGGAAAAAAGAGUUGUAGCUUCACUCUUAACACUGAUGGAUGGCAUUGGUUCAGAAGGAAAUGAAGGACAGGUAUUGGUCCUUGGGGCCACAAAUCGCCCCCAUGCUUUGGAUGUUGCACUCCGAAGACCUGGACGAUUUGAUAAAGAGAUUGAGAUUGGAGUUCCUAAUGCUCAAGAUCGGUUAGAUAUCCUCCAAAAGCUCCUUCAGAGGGUACCCCAUCUGCUCACUGAAGCCGAACUGCUACAGCUGGCAAAUGGUGCUCAUGGAUAUGUUGGAGCAGACUUGAAAGCUUUGUGUAAUGAAGCAGCUCUCUAUGCCUUGAGGAGAGUCCUUAGGAAACAACCUGACCUUCCUGACAGCAAGGUUGCUGGGCUGAUGAAGAUUACUCUGAAUGAUUUCCUGCAGGCAAUGAAUGACAUCAGGCCCAGUGCCAUGAGGGAGGUGGCAAUUGAUGUCCCAAAUGUAUCCUGGUCAGAUAUAGGAGGACUGGAAAAUAUCAAACUAAAAUUGAAACAGGCUGUGGAAUGGCCCUUGAAACAUCCAGAGUCUUUUGUCAGAAUGGGUAUUCAGCCACCUAAAGGAGUUCUCCUGUAUGGGCCACCUGGAUGCUCUAAAACAAUGAUAGCAAAGGCUUUAGCCAAUGAGAGUGGGCUUAAUUUCCUAGCUAUAAAGGGGCCUGAAUUAAUGAAUAAAUAUGUUGGUGAAUCUGAAAGAGCAAUUAGAGAGAUCUUCCGAAAAGCAAGAGCAGUGGCUCCUUCAAUUCUCUUCUUUGAUGAACUUGAUGCUUUAGCAGUUGAAAGGGGCAGUUCUUCAGAUGCUGGGAAUGUAGCAGACCGUGUUUUGGCUCAGCUCUUAACAGAAAUGGAUGGAAUUGAACAGCUAAAUGAUGUGACUGUUUUGGCAGCUACUAACCGUCCGGAUAGGAUAGACAAGGCUUUGAUGCGGCCUGGGAGAAUUGAUAGAAUCAUCUAUGUGCCUUUACCAGAUGCAACAACAAGAAGGGAAAUAUUUAACCUGCAGUUUCGCUCUAUGCCAAUCAGUAAUGAGGUUGAACUGGAUCAACUCAUCCUCCAAACAGAUACAUAUUCAGGAGCUGAGAUUAUAGCUGUCUGUAGAGAAGCAGCCCUUCUGGCUCUGGAAGAAGACAUCCAAGCCAACUGCAUCAUGAGAAGACAUUUUACUGGAGCCUUGAGCAUUGUGAAACCUAGAAUUCCUGAGUCAUUGAGACGUUUUUAUGAAGAUUAUCAAGAGAGGAGUGGGCUACAUACACUCUGAGAAAAUAUGCAUAUUCAUUAUGCUAAAAUAUCCUUUCUAGAGAAAAUUUGUUUCUUUUUUAAAUUUUGUCUUAAGAGUGUCCCCAUAAAAAAUCCUUAAUAGGCAAAAAGUCUGAAAUAGGUUCGCUGGCACUGAGAGGCUACCGUUGUUAUAGAAAUUUUAUAUCAUAUGGAUACGAUGGAAGAAAUCUCAGGCAUGGGUUUAAUUCAGUUUUAUCUGGAAAUGUAUGCUGAUUUUAAAAAAUCAAACCUUCAACUUUUUCAUUCUUGAGUUGGUUCAUUCAUACCAUUAAAUGAUUUCCUUACUCCA